CAUAAAAUUUCGCCUAGACGAUAGCAGCGACAUUACCUGGUAUAAUGAUUUGUUGUGAAACAUUUGAUGUACACGAAACUAAUCCUCAUCUCAUCUUUGGGGCCUUUGCUGGCCACAGUAUUGAAUUUAGUACUAGUACAUUAAUGCCAACUGAAUCACUAGUACUUAGUUGCGAAAACUGGUAUUCAGUGGAAUGCAAAAGGCUUCAGGACGAUCGACCGAAUGGUCAGGAAAGGCAAUUCAGUUUUGGUGAAGCACUGCUGGAGCGCUAUUUCAGCGAUAUACUAAUCAAAAGUUGUAGUGGACUAGAAUAUGCCCUUCAUUCCUCUAUACUGCGUCUAAAUGGAUUCGAUUGUAGCAUGUGUACAAGCAAUACUCUGCUAUCAGCAUAUCAGAGCUUGCAGCCUUUGCACUUUACGCCAAGUAUAUCAAAUCUAAAUCCAAAUCCAAUAUCGAUUGGUAUAGCUGGUGCUGAAAAAGAACAAUCAAAAAAUUCGCAAGGCAUUAAUUUAUCCUCCGUAUACAUGCAGCCAGAUUUUAAAUUUUCGGCACCAACCACAGGAUUGGAAAUGCAGCGUUUUCGUUAUUUCAGUAGCAGUUUUAACUGCCUAAGCAAUGGCGAUAUGAGAGAGUCAGUUGACACAGUGUACAAUACUGAUAGUAGACUACUACGCGUGUGUACUUCGCAUUCAGAAUCGCACCUGGAAAUAUCUCAAGCAUCAAAAAGUAUUUUCGAUUUUUGUCAGGACACGUUGCAACCUGUGUCGUCGUCUGCUCAUCAAUGCAGUUUAACCACUAAUCAGAAUAUAAGCAAUACACGCCGACCGCCACUGUCUACUUUUCGACUACGCAGCUCUUCACCGUUUGCCAAUUUAAUAGAUACGCCACCGUCUUCACCGCUGACGCCAGUUGGAGUCCUUUUCAAUUUACCCACAUUUCUUUUGAACCCGAUUUUACAUUGGCUGUAUACAGAAUCUUUACUACCUGAAAUGGAUGAAAGUGAUUGUGAGAAGCUGAUCAAUUUUUGCGAAGCGCAACCUUCACUAACAAGGCUGGUGCCACAAACACGCAAGUAUCUGCGUUUACUGCGACUUAAAAAAUGUGAGUACAACUUUAUAAAUCCAAUGUUUUAACUUAACCUUUAAUAUGCUAACUAAAGUGAUUGAAAAUAUAACAAUGGAUUUGCACAACAUACUUAACCG